AUGAAGCCAGCUGGUGCCUUUCUGCUUUUAAUCAGCCUGGCCUGUUUGUUCCUCUCUGUAGAUGCCGUGAGCCAAGGGGGCUUUCAGGCUUUUUGCAGCAACUAUGAGAAAACACUGGCCCCAGAUGGAAAAUCAUGCCCAAAGAUCCACAAACCAGUGUGUGGCACUGAUGGAAAAACUUACCAAAACCGCUGUGAAUUCUGCCAAAUAGCCAUGGAAAGAAAUAUUGGAAAACUUGGUUUCAAACAUGAAGGGAAAUGCUGA